CUCCAGAAUCCGCGAGCGCGGCGGGCGCCCGGACAGCCUGCGGGACGAGCUCGUUAGUGCUGCAGCCAUGAUCAUCCCCGUGCGCUGCUUCACCUGCGGCAAGAUCGUUGGCAACAAGUGGGAGGCCUACCUGGGGCUACUGCAAGCCGAGUACACCGAGGGGGACGCCCUGGAUGCGCUGGGCCUGAAGCGCUACUGUUGCCGCCGCAUGCUGUUGGCCCACGUGGACCUCAUCGAGAAGCUGCUCAACUACGCGCCCCUGGAAAAGUGACCUAUGAGAUGGGGGGCUCGAGUGGGGCCUGGCCGUGGCCUUGGAGGAGUGAUCACACGCUUCACUUGAGCUGAUGAAACCCUGUGAGGUGGGGGUGCUCCGAGCGGGGCCUGACCUCGACCUCCAGGAGGAAUCGUCUAAUAAAGCACUUUGCUGAACC